AUGGCUCCCACCGGCGUGACGGUGGUCACGGGCUUUUUGGGCGCCGGGAAGACCACGCUGGUGAACUACGUCCUGAACGCCGACCACGGGUACAGGGUCGCCGUCAUCCUGAACGACUUCGGCGCCGAGCUCGGCGUGGAGAAGAUGCUGGUGCAGGACAAGCCGGACGGGGACAACGCGGUGGAGGAGUGGGUGGAGCUCAACAACGGCUGCGUGUGCUGCACCGUGAAGGGAUCGUUGGUGCAGACCAUCGACAACCUGCUCGAGAAGCGCGCGUCGACCGGGCGCAAGUUCGACUUCAUCCUGCUCGAGACCACCGGGCUCGCGGAUCCCGGCCCGGUGGCUCAGGAGCUCUGGGUGGACGAUGAGAUCCUCGAGGAGGACGGCGCGGUACUCGACGCCGUAGUCACGCUCGUGGACGCCUCAAACAUCGAGCGGCAACUGUCCGAGGGGAAAGAGGCGUCGCUGCAGAUCGCGUACGCCGACACGGUGGUGCUGAACAAGUGCGACUUGGUCUCGGAGAGGGAUCUGGAGCGCGUUUCGGAACUCGUGGCGGGGAUCAACGCCGAGGCAAAGAUCGUCCGAUCCACCCGCAGCGUCGUGGACCUCGGCGUGAUCCUCAACCAAGGCGCGGUGUCGUCCGCGGGGCGCAAGGCGGGAACGAGACCGACGCUCGCCGGCGACUUGGCGCAAACCGCGCCCGCGCCGGGAUUCUGGGCGAGAGGGGUGGAGAAAUACGCGAGCCGCCCGCUCUCGGAGGUGCACGACGCGAGCAUCCGCACCGUGUGUCUGGUCGCGGACGGAAGGAUAGACGUCGGAAAGUUCGAAACGUGGCUCGAGGAGCUCCUGUGGGAGCGAGGCGCGGGCGGGGGACGCCAGCUGGAGGUUCUGAGGGCGAAGGGCGUGCUGUUCGCGGCGGAGGACGAGGGAACCGACAGGCGGCGCGUGCUCCAGGCGGUGCGAGAGGUGUACGAGAUAACCGAGGGUCCACCGGGUCGGGUCGGUGAGCGGCCGCUCAACAGGGUGGUGCUCAUAGGACGCGGCCUGAUGUCGCGCGAGGAGGAGCUCCUCGGAGGAUUGAAGGCGACGACGACGACGGCGGACGCGUGA